AUGCCACCUCACAGCCCUCACCCCCUCCCCUCCCUCACGCUAAUCGUGGCGACGACCCCGAUCCGCACCGCGUCAACAACGACAAAAGACGAAAUCACGCGCCUAGGCAUCGGCCUAAAAGGGACACUCCCAUGGCCGCGCAUAAAAACAGAUAUGUCAUUCUUCGCACGCGUGACGUCCCUCCCACCGAGCCCAGGCACGACGAACGCGAUCAUCAUGGGCCGGAAGACGUACGACUCAGUGCCAGCCUCGCUGCGCCCGCUCGCGAGGCGGAUUAACGUUGUGAUCACGCGUGACACGUCCGGGUCUGUUCGCGAGAGCGUAGCCACGGAGUUGGGGAAUAUAAGGAGAAAGAUUGCGGCCAAGGCCGCUCAGGCACAGGCUACAAAUGCGGAAAAGGAGACUUUUGACCCGCCCAAGGAAGCUGCUCCGGUGGCUCCGAUGACGGAUGCGAUCGUUACGCCGAGUUUGGGCGCGGCGUUGGAGCAGUUGGACUCUGUGUAUGGGGCGCAGGGGACGCUGGGCAAGAUUUUCGUUAUUGGUGGCGCGGAGAUUUAUAAUGCCACGUUGAAUAUGGGUGCUGAGGAGUUGCGUGGUCGGCCUGUUAGGGUUGUUAUGACGAAUGUUGUGCGGAAAGGGGCUGUGAAUGCGCCUGCUUCGUUUGAAUGUGAUACAUUCUUCCCGUUGGAUGGGCUUCACGAGGAGAAUGGGUGGCGGGCUGUUAGCCCUGGGGAGGUUUCCGAGUGGGUUGGGGAGGAGGUUGAUGGCGAGUGGAAGGCGGACGGGGAUGUCGAGGUUCAGAUGGUUGGAUUUGAAAAAUUGACUUAG